AUGGACCACCUGAUUGCGCUCUUCCAAGAGAUGUGGCGUCAAUGUGAAGUCCCGCAAGAUUUCAAAGACGCAACCAUCGGGCAUCUCUACAAACGAAAAGGGAAUCGCCAAAUCUGCGACAACCACCGUGACAUCUCCCUGCUGAACAUCGCCGGGAAGAUCUUCGCACGAAUCCUCCUCAACCGCCUCAAUAACCAUCUGGAACAGGGCCUUCUGUCGGAAAGCCAAUGCGGCUUCCGUCGACAUCGUGGGACUACGGACAUGAUCUUCGCCGCCCGACAGCUUCAGGAGAAGUGCAAAGAGAUGCGGACCCACCUCUACUCUACCUUAGUGGACAUGACGAAAGUCUUCGACACGGUGAAUCGCGAAUGACUGUGGAAGAUCAUGCAGAAAUUCGGCUGUCCGGAGCAAUUCACUCAGAUAGUGCGUCAGCUGCACGACGGUAUGAUUGCGCGAGUCACGGACAGAGUCUCAGAGGCAUUCGCAGUGAACAACGAAAUGAAGCAGGGAUGCGUGCUGGCGCCUAGCCUCUUCAGUCGUAUGUUCUCUGCCAUGCUGAUGGACGUCUACCGCGACGAACGCCCCGAGAUCCGCAUCGCCUACAGGACGAACGGUCACCUCCUGAAUCAACGACGGAUGCGCUUCUAGUUGCGCGUAUCCACAACCACCGUCCACGAACUUAUCUUCGCCGACGACUGCGCCCUGAACACCACCUCGGAAGAGGAGAUGCAACGCACCAUGGACCUGUUCUCCGUCGCCUGCGAGAACUUCGGUCCGGCCAUUAACACGCAGAAGUCGGUGGUGAUGCACCAACCGCCACCCAACUCAGCCAUAGCCCCCAACGCGCCGCAAAUCAGCGUGAACUGA